AUGAGCUUGAAAAGUUCUUGGUUGAAGAUGAACACUAAAAGAAUCUGCAAGAGUUUAUCAGAGUUGCUAUCAAAGUUCAUGCAGGAGUUUUACAAAGUUGUUAUUAAAGUUCAUGCAAGAGUUUACAAAGGCAAGCUGAUCGUUUUGUUUUUUCUGGAUAUUCCUAGGAGGUGUUUCCAGCUUAGAGGAGACCAAGGAGGUGGUGCGUAUGUGGAUUUCAAGCUAAAGACUUCAUCUUUGAGGCGGAGGCUAGAUCGUAUUUCUACUAAGUACUCAUCAUCGACAGAGUUACUGUUAAAAUCAUGUAAUGUUGUUUUGAAUUGUUUUAUUUCUGCUUCCUUUCCACCUCUUGCUUUGACUUUUCCCUUUCUAAUGCCUCAUGCUUACUCGAGGUGUACCAUGUGA